AGCAGUGACUCUAACCCCAUCUCUUUACUAUCCAAAAGAAAGAGGAUGAGAAUCCUACUCUGCAACUUCAACUCUCCACCUUCACUCACCCCAACGCCACCUCAGAAACCACCUUCAUUUCCCACGGGCGCCGCUGUUUGGGCCAAGAAAACCCUGGUCACCGCACUUACCGGUGCUCUCUCCUUAACUCUCUUAGUUUCUUCCCCAUCUCCUUCCCUCUCCAGAGAAUCGCAGUCUUUUCAAUCUCCUCGACCACCUCAAGCUUCAACUCCGCUACCCGAUCGUUGCACCGGAGAAAAUGAACAACUACAAGAAGAAGAAGAUAAGGUUGAGCUCAAACCUGAAUUCGUCACCAACGAAGAAAUCGUACAAGAAGCUUGGCAGAUCGUUAAUGAUAGCUUUCUUGAUACUGGUCGCCACCGUUGGUCUCCUCUAUCAUGGGAGCAAAAAAGAGAGGAUAUUUUGGGGACUUCGAUUCAAACGAGGUCUAAGGCUCACGAGUUAAUCAAAAGAAUGCUGGCAAGUUUAGGCGACCCUUACACGCGAUUCCUCUCACCAGCCGAGUUCUCGAAGAUGGCGAGGUAUGACAUCACUGGUAUUGGAAUAAACAUUAGGGAAGUUUCAGAUGCUAUUGGAGGCGUAAAACUGAAGGUGCAAGGACUUAUAUUGGAUGGACCUGCUCAUACUGCGGGAGUAAGACAGGGAGAUGAAGUUUUAGCUGUCAAUGGAGAAGAUGUCAUGGGGAAAUCAGCCUUUGAAGUAUCAUCUUUAUUACAAGGUCCUAAUGAAACCUUUGUGACCAUUAAGGUCAGGCAUGGCAAUUGUGGACCUACUGAAUCCCUAGAAAUCCAAAGACAACUUGUUGCUCGAACACCUGUUUUCUAUCGGUUGGAACAAAUUAAUAACGGCUCCAGUUCUGUUGGGUAUAUGAGGCUAAAAGAGUUCAAUGCCUUGGCUAGAAAAGAUUUGGUCAUUGCAAUGAAGCGACUUCAAGAUAUGGGUGCUUCAUAUUUCAUUUUGGAUCUUAGAGACAAUCUUGGAGGACUAGUACAGGCUGGAAUUGAAAUUUCCAAGCUAUUUUUGAAUAAAGGGGAGAUGAUCAUUUACACAGUUGGGAGGGAUCCACAGUACCAGAAUAAUGUUGUUGCUGAUACUACCCCGUUGGUUACAUUGCCUGUAGUUGUUUUGGUGAAUAACAGAACUGCUAGUGCAAGUGAAAUUGUUGCAUCAGCACUUCAUGAUAAUUGUAGAGCAGUUCUUGUUGGGGAUAGGACUUUUGGGAAGGGUCUAAUUCAAUCUAUCUUCGAACUUCGUGAUGGAUCUGGUGUGGUUGUCACUGUCGGAAAGUAUGUGACACCAAAUCAGAUGGAUAUCAAUGGCAAUGGAAUAGAACCUGACUAUAGAAACUUCCCAGCUUGGAGUGAUGUUGCACAGCAUCUGUCGAGAUGCAAUUCACUUCGACAGGGUUAGAAGAAGUUAAAUGGAGGCAUGGUCUGGAUUUGCUGGUCCAGUAUGUGCACUUGAUGGAUUCAAGAUGAAAAUACAGACUUAAGAGCUGAUUUGCUUGCAUGCAGGCUUUUGACAAAUGCCCCAUCUGAAAAUCCAGUAAAAAGUCAAAGUGAAAUUACAGUAGAGAUUUGCUGGAUUCAGAGUUUUAGCGGAUACAAUACCAGCUGAAGUAAAAGGGACUGCCAAGACGGAUUUACCGCGAGGCAACGAAGCAAUUGCCCCAACUGAAAAUCCUUUAUAUAAUACUAUUAUCAUCAUCAUCAAAUUAAAAGAAAACUCAGUUAUCAAUACAAAGUAGUUAACUCAUUUCUUACAGGAAUUUCAGCUCAUGUAUGCUUUGUUUCACAAAAAAUGAUUUUUUUGUUGCUGAGGAAGUUGAUAUAUUUUGUUA